AUGAGCUCUGUUCAGACACUUUCUGUGCUGUGUCUAUUGAUCGGGCUGGAGGCUUUGCUGAUAUUCUUCAGCAGCAGUUCUGAGCUAUGCUGGAAGCUCUCUGUCGAGGACGAGCUAUUGAGGCUGACACAGAAAGCGCGAAUUCCUACCAAGGGUUGUUUGAUACAAAGAGGUUAUGAAUUAGAAGAAGAUCGUGGUCUUUGCCGAAUACUCUUUGAUACAAUGUCGCAUAAGAAAACAAAUUCCCGUCGAUGUCUAAGUUUGUAG